UUUAAUACUGUCUGGUGUAUUCAGCAUUUCUUAAUUACGUUUGGUUAGUGAAUUGCUUUCUGUUUCCAGAUUAGAUACGAGGAGGAAAUAGCACUUGGACCUCUUGCUGGCUAUGGGAUUAUCUAAGAGUAAGUGGUGCAUCUGGAUUUUUGUUUCCAGUGUCUGGUGGUGCUGAUAGUUCCUUCCUUGUUGCUAUAGUUUUUCAAUGUGACAUCUUGUAGUAAAAGGUUUAUUGGAUUCUCUUCCCUUCUAAACAUUAAUAUUGUUCAGUUCUAGCUAUUUUCAUGUUUUUGUAGGUAGUAAUCACAUUGCUGUCAUGUAAAUAUGUUUCGUUGUAGUUGCUGAGAAGAAUGAAAAUGCAGUGAUUAUGUUCCCUAUACGUGUAGUCGCUUGAACCUUUGGUAGUUUCCUACAUGAACCAACAGCAUCAUUCAGUGAAAAAAAUGAUACUUACUGCUGCUGUUUGAUUACUCAAAUUAUUAACUGGAUUCGUAUUCGAUGAAUUGUUCCCGAGAAAACAUGAUAACUGUGGAGGUAUGCUUUGUUAAAAUGAACUAGUUACUAAAGAAUGGUCUCGCUUAUAUAAUUUUGGGAUUGAACUUUCCAUGGUGUAGCUAAACUGAAAAUGCUACAGUAUGGCGAAAUUUUGAGUGGAUCCUUGAUUUGUCACAUAAGUGGUCAGGUUUCCGCUACACAUCAGCUAUUUUCCGUCUAUAGUGUUCUUAGAGCUGGCAAGCAUUUUUAUUGGUAUGGUAUUUCCUAUCUGUAAUACAUGUACCCUGUCUUCAUUUACGCUAUUCUGACUGAUAAAUUGCGUUGAGCUGGUCAGAUUGUCUACCUUAUUGUUAAAGGUAAAAAUAAACCGAACUUAGCUUUGUUUUCCCUGUAGUUUACGCACCAGUGAUGUCAACACAGAAAUUGCAAAUGGCGAUGAACAGGUAAAAGCUGAUGGCAUUUGAAUUGGCAAUUACACUGAUGGUUAGUUUCCAACGGGAAGCAAAGAAUUUGCUGAGCACAUUGCUAUACUGUUUAUACUGUUUUUGCAGCAAAGUGCCAUUAUUUUCUCCUUUAUCAGAUUUUCUAUUCUGAUGUAAAGGUGUUCUGUAAUUACAACUGAAGUAGUAAUUUACUCCUUUAAAGUUGCUUUGCUCAUUUUCAAUUUGCAAAUGACUUUUUUCUUGUCUUGCCUUGGGCAGCAUAUUUCUGGUUCAGAAUUGAGUGCCCUUUUAGUAAUCUUAAUACAUGUAGAAAAUUUGAACACUGCAAAGAUGAGAAUUUGGUCAUCAUGAAAUCUCGGUUAGACCUGUUGUGCUACUGCCUGCUAAACCGGUGUUCUCAAAGGUGAUCACCACGGCAACUUUGGCGAGAGGCGAGGCGAGGCGAGUCAGACCCUUGUCUCUGUUUGUCGCCUUUCGCCAUCCAAAACACUGUGCUAAACAAAAGCUGACAACCAACCUCAUGAAUUCUAGGGGUCAACCCUACUUAGAUUUUGUUCUUAAAUGACAUUCAUUCUCUAAUAUCAAGGACUCAUUAGAAUUCCAAGAAGUGAAUAAUUCCCCUAGAGUCCAAUGACACCUUUGAUCUGUAACUUUAAGGGUUUAAACUGUGCAACUUUUUUACUUCUACUGGCGGAUGAAAUUAGAAAGAGAAUGAUCAUCUUCAAUAGUAAGCAGAUGAUCUACUAUAAGAUUUACCCUUCGGGGUGGCCCAGUGGUUUGGGCUUGGGACAUCCAUGUUGGAGGUCUCAAGUUUGAAACCCCUUGCCAUCGGACGCAAAGGGUUUGCCUUAUGGGUCGAGCUCGUUGCACGGUUUGACUAGUGCGAGUUACCUCUUCUUUGUGGUUUGUGAGCUAUUGCAUAGGAGUGAGAGUUUUACCCUAAUGCCCAUCCAAAGGGUAACGGCUGCGGGUUUCCCUUGUCAUAAAAAAAUGAUCUGCUAUAAGAUUUCAUGCCUUUUCUAUUGUAGAUAUCACCUUCAGCGGAGAAGUCCCAAGGGUUUCCUCACUUCUGGAGAAUACGAAGACACUGUUCUAUCAGAACUCUCUAUGUUUGGAUUAAAAAGAUUUGUUUGAAUUGAUUAUUGAGCCAAACAGUGUUGUUUAUGUGUGUGAUGGUCCAGAAGCCACAAAAAAUGGGGCAAAGGUGUUGUCUGAUGAGAUAGAUCCUGGCCUCUUUAAUGUUAGCAUCUAUGGAGUGAUCUUCACUAAAUUUUAUGUUUCAAAUACUCACUCGAAAGUCCACACUACAAGGUAAUAGUGUGUGAUAAAUUUUACUCUUAUCUAAUCAUUUGCUUUAUGCGGGAGCUGAAACCUUUAUCCCCAUAUUGUUUGGCCAACUAAUUGUUGGUUGGACCAAGAAAAACCAUUUCUGAAAUAAAGACCAAGUAAUUGUUUCACAGUGCAAUUUUAACCUGAUUAUUUCUUUGUAGGUAGAUGGGUAAUCAGACAUUGAACAUGUAUUAGUUAGUAUCCCACUAUUUAUGAUUACUAAUCCCAUGGGAUCACUUGGUCCCAUCCCCUAUACCAAACAACCCGUCAGGGUAGCAAAACAUUCAAGCUCACGUCUGAAUGGUCUUAGCGUUCAUGUUAGCAUCUCUGCUACCGUGGCUUCAUAACAAACCUGGUUUUUAUCUAGUUUUGAGUUGCUCCAAUGUGGAUGGAUGAAGGAUUGUGUGGUUACUUAACAAAGGUAGAAGAAUUUUUUUGUUGAAUCCAGUCAACAGAUGAUUUUUGGGCCACCUAGCUAUUACUGUUUGAAUUUUUUUGCAGCUUGCUUGAACUCUCCUUGUAUUUUGAUCUUAUGUGCUUGUAGAGCAUGUUGAUAAACAGAUAACAGAUUGAAUUGUAUAUUAGUGCAUCUCUCUCUUUUUUUUCUGAACACUUAUUCAGGUGAUAACUGUCUAUAUUUGCUGUAUGAUUGUAGUUCAGCAGAUAUAGAUAUCCAAUUAGAAGCAUCAGUAUAUGGAUGUUCGAACAUUUCUGAAAUGGUUUGCCAUUCAUCUUUGUUACUCAUUCUCGACAAAGAUUGUAGCUGCAACACCUACUGCCGAAGUGGAACCUAUACGUUCAAAUUAUAGUCAGGUAUUGAUUCAGUGUACUGCUUAUUUUCAGUUUCUAAUGCCUUUUCUAGUCUUGCGGGUGAUCAUUGUUUCCUGUUUCUAGUAUUUUCUUAUCCUUCACUAUGGAGUGUUCUCAUUCUGCAUUACAAUAUUUGUGAAACAACUGUAUGAAAUGGAUAAGGGUAUGACCUAUGAUGAACUUUCAGUGUAUGGAAGGUUGUGGAAGAUUUUUCGCUGUCCGUAUCAAUGUUUAAGUUACAGAUUGGGCACAAAGUUGACGCGUGCAGAGGUGGCUGACAAAGUGAAGUACCUCUUUAAGUACUAUUCCAUUCCAUCAAUAGACGGACAAAGGAGGCUUGCUCAAGUGGUUCGAGUCACUCUGGAGAAGUUACGUUAUUCACCCAAAGACAACAUAAGGUUUGAUCUGCGACAGCUUCUGUACAAAGUUAGCCAGCCGUAACAACUUUGAAAGAUUGAUAAGCUUGCUGGUGAAUGGUGAUAGAGAAAUGGGUGUUGUGGCAACUGGCUUGGGCGAUUAAAGGGCUCGCGUUUCAUUCUUAGCUCAACGUGCAGCUGAAUAAGAGAAACUGAAUUUUAAAUGUUUUUCAACAAGAGAUAUGAAAAUGUCACUUUUUUCUUCUGUUGCUCAUAUUGUAAGUGGCCAAGAUUGAUACAAAACAAGUAAACAACUACUAAA